CACGCGUGUGCGCAUCGACUUGUUCCUUCCUAACGAAAUCGUCAACAGCGAACUGUUCCGCUAACGGAAACUGUGCUGCUUGGCGAGUAAAAAUGAGUGACAAGUUGGCAAAAACCAAAAAUGAACAAAAAUGUGCGCAACUAUGCAAAUAAAUUAAUAAGCCAAAGUCAUUACCAAAUUAAAAUAAGACACGCAAAAGCUUGAGGCAACCAGCCAGAAAAAAUAUAAAUAAAUAAAGGAAGAGUCAAAGCGAGAACCUUGUCAAGUGCGUUGCGUUGAGUCGAGUCGAGUGUGGAAAGUCAAGAGGUUCUGCGUUUGGAGUGUCGUUGCUGCUGGCAUGCUUUGGGGUUAGCUCGUCCAUCGUUCUCGUCCUCGUCCUCGUCCUCGUCCUCGUCGUCCUCGUCGUCAUCGCCACCAAAGGCAUCGAAGCGAUGCUUGCCUCAUUAGCGACUUAGCGCCCAAAAUCCCAUUGCUGCAUUAAGGUAAGGAAAGACGAAGCCGAAACUAAAACCAAAAACGCCUGAAACCAAAAAAUAAAAAUAAAAGGAAAAAACGAGCUGCUUACAAGGACAUACGUAAAAUGGCCCAACAGCCAGCGAAUUCAGUUAAUGACCUGGCUUUUAUGAGCGCAUAAAAGCGAAAUUGAUAUUAUGCUGAAGCUGCGGAGGCUAUAAAUAAACACAACAAAUUAAAAUUAAUAAGCAACUGAGCUUGCAUUGCAUAGCAACAACACAAGCAGCAGUCGCAUUCGCAUUCGCAUUAACAUUUGGAUUAACAACCAUGGCAUCUCCGCCGGAAAGCCCCAUCGAGGAGGUGGUCUAUGAGUUAGAACACACACGCGUGCCUAAACCCAUUCCGGUCGCUCUCGAGGACUUGUGCCGCCAAACCAAGUUCACCAAGCAGGAAAUUCGCGUCAUGUACAGAGGAUUUAAAACGGAAUGUCCGGAGGGCGUGGUGCACGAGGAUUGUUUUAAGGAUAUUUAUGCCAAAUUCUUUCCGCACGGCAAUUCCAGUUUAUAUGCUCAUUAUGUGUUCAAAGCCUUCGACGUUAACUGCAAUGGCGCCAUUAGUUUUCGGGAUUUAUUGGUUACUUUAUCCACUCUGUUACGCGGCUCCGUCUAUGAGCGCCUGCGCUGGACCUUCAAGUUGUACGACCUGAAUGGCGAUGGUCGCAUAAGUCGCGGGGAGCUCAGUGAAAUUGUUUUGGCCAUACACGAGCUAAUGGGCAGAAGACCUCACCAGCCAGAGGACGAUCGCAAGGCCAGAGAUCAGGUGGAUCGAGUCUUUCGCAAAUUGGAUUUGAAUCAGGAUGGCAUCAUAACGAUAGAAGAGUUUCUCGAGGCAUGCCUCAAGGACGAUUUGGUGACACGUUCGUUGCAGAUGUUCGACAAUGACCUUUGAUGACAAGAGGAGCCAGAGAUGCGGGAUACGAGGACUGUAAUACCGCUGAUAGAUCUAUAAAUUGUUUUUGGGCAGCACAUAGUUAAGUCCAGUCGCAAUAACAGCAGCGCGACAGAGCGAAAAGAAACAACAUAUUAGUAUUAAAUAUUAUUUUUAGGCAAUAAUAUCGAACGAACA